AUGGAUGAAAUAACAAUGCUUUCUAAACAUGGCCUUCGCUGUAUUGAUUUAAUCCUACGCGAAUUGAUGGCCUGCAACGUUCCAUUUGGAGGCAAGGUUAUAGUUAUUGGAGGCGAUUGGCGUCAAACUCUGCCGGUUGUUCCAAAGGGUGAACGCAUAGAUAUCAUCGAAAUUUGUCUUAAAUCCAGUUUUUUAUGGUCUUCAUUUGAGACAAUUUCGUUGGUAUCUAAUAUGCGGAACGAAGGUGACGUACAAUUCAACCACUGGCUGUUGGACAUAGGAGCCGGAAAUGUUUCGCCCACAGAAGAAAUUCCAAAUGAUGCCGUGCAGAUUCCUACAAGUAUAGUUCAUCAAGGAAACUUAAUUGGAACAAUAUUUGACGCAAACAUCAAUCGCAUGUCCCCAAUUGAGCUUGCCAAGCGUGUGAUCUUGGCGCCCACAAAUAAGGACAUCCUUGAAAUUAAUCGUAUCAUCAUUGGUCAACAGGAAGGAACUGCCAAAGUGUAUUAUAGCACAGACUCUCUUCAAAGUGAGGAUGUAAAUGAUAAUUAUGCAUAUCCUGUUGAACAUCUAUACACGCUAAAUCCUUCCGGUGUUCCACCGCACGUCUUAUAUUUGAAUCCAGGGACAAUCGUAAUGUUGUUACGCAACUUGAACCCUGGGAAAGGUCUUUGUAAUGGUACGCGGAUGAUUGUAAAAACACUUCAUGCGUCAUUCAUCACGUGUGAAAUUUUGUCUGAGUGCCAUAGAGGUGAUGUUGUGUGCAUCCCAAGGAUAAACUUUGCACCAAGUGAUUCUAACUACCCGUUUAUACUUAAGAGACGUCAAUACCCGGUUGUCCCAGCAUUUGCUAUGACAAUAAACGAAGCACAAGGACAAACGUUUGAGCGUGUUGGUGUUCUUCUAAACAGUCCGGUAUUUUGCCAUGGACAGUUAUACGUUGCGCUUUCACGCACUAGGAAUCCUAAUUUCGUCAAAAUACGCAUAAUGGAGACUGAGGGACAAGGCUGCAACAAAAACAUGUGGUUCACACGUAACAUUGUGUUCCGGGAGGUCAUUGAAAAUGAAAUUGAAAUAUAA